AUGACCGACCUAACCCCAGCACUAAACACGCUCCUCUCCGCGAAAAAGGCACCCUUAAUUUCAUCCACAACAAACUCCUCCCCAGCCGACGAAUUCCUCAAAGAAGCGCAUCGCAUCAAUUCCCACAUCGCCUCGCUCCUAAAAUACCUAACCUCAAUCCGACACGCCUACCUCUCCACAAACACGCCCUCCCGCCGCAACCAACCACAACCCCAACCCCAACCCCAAUCCCACCUCACAGAUCCAGAACGCGACGCAAUAGACACCUCAACAACCACCCUUCUCCGCGACCUAUCAUCAUCAAUAACAAACCUCUCCGACGCCGAAACACUCCGCCAAAAAACAACCUCUCAACUCCAGCACAAGAAAUACGGGCACAGCGCCGCAGGCGCCCUCCUCCUCCGCUGGGCCGCAAAUGACCGCAAUGGCGACAGUCAGUCCAACAAAUCUGCGGAGCAAAUUGAGGCGGAGGAGAGGGAGAAGACUCUUUCCUCGUUGCGGGAGGGUGUGCUUUGGUUUCUGAGACGGGGGCUUGAAGGCGUUGCUAGUGUGCAGAGGAGUAUGGUUGAGAAGAGGAUUGAGAGGGUUCUUGAGAAGGAGAAGAGUGUUUUGUAUAAGGCUUCUAAGGGGGGUGUGGUGAGUGAUAUGCAGGGUGGUGCUGGUGCUGGUGCUGGUGGGAGGAGGGAUAAUUACAAGCAAGACUACGGCUCUAGCACUGGUUCUGGAUCUUCUUCGUUGCGAGCGCCUGCGCCUGAUGCGACGGUGUUGAGCGAGGCUGAUUCGAAGGAAAUCGAGGGCCAGCUUUCUGCGGAGCAGUUGCAGCUUUUUGCUGAGGAGAAUAAUUCCAUGUUAAAGCAUUAUGAAGAUACGCUUGGGAAAGUACAGAACGCGGAAAGGUCGCUCGUGGAAAUCUCCUCUCUACAAGAAACCCUCGUCACGCAUCUUACAACGCAGGAGGAAUUUAUCUCGCAACUUGUUAGUGAUGUCGAUAUGACGGAGGAGAAUAUUGGUCGGGGGAAUCGCGAAUUGAAGCGUGCGACUGAGCGUCGGAGUCCGGCGCAGGCGGUGUUUUGGGGUACUGUUGGUUUGUGUACGUGGCUUGUUGUUUGGGAUUUGAUUUUCUAG